AUCACCUUCCCCACCAUCCUUUUUCUUCAGACCUGCAAUAACAAAGCAAAUAACAACAAUCGCCGGGGAAACCCCAUUCGCCUUUAAUUAAACGCAGGUCUCUUUCAUUUCCUUUACGUUUAAUAAUCCCUUCAUAGCACCAUGGACAUGAAGAAGAUCUCCACCGCCAUCAUUGUUGCCGCUGCCUCAAUGAGCGCCGUCAUGGCCGCCAGUGCACCAGCUACUUCACCUUCCGCCGGUGGUACUGGGCCUGGGCCUAUCUCCUCUCCUGAAUCUGGUCCAGCACCUGGACCAGACUCCAGCGUCGCUGCUGCUACCUUGCCUGUUCUUGGAUCAUUGGUCGGGGCUUCCAUUGUUUCUUUGUUUUCUUACAUUCUCCACUAAGCUGAUAAAUGGAUGAAGAAAUGCAUAACCGGAGGUUAAAGAUGAAGAACAUGGAGCUUUAUAUUUAUACUGUAAACUGAUUACUAUAUAUAUAUAUAUAUAUAAGUUAUAUUUAUAUAUGUAAUCACUUUGGGGCUCAAUUGAGAUAUGAAUAUGGGGACCUUUUCAAUUUCUUGUUAAAAUUUUGCUUGAGAAAUUGUUUUUAUAUAUUUUUGAGUUUUUUAAAAUAUUCGAUAUUAAUUAAAUCAAUGAAAUUUAAGUAAUAAUAUUGUUUUUAAA